AUGUAUAAUCCUUAUCAACACUCUGGGACCUUUGGUAGGCCUCCGGAGUAUGCAGGGUUUCCCGGCGCACCCCCUGGAACUGGUAGCUCUCUUGCCGUUUCUCCCUACAACCCACCGCUGGCGUUUACUGACAGUGAAUUAGCACCCCCGGGGAUGGCCGCUCCUGGGACAGGUCCACCGCCAGGAAUGCAGCAAGCUAAUGGCCCGCAACCCGGCCAUCCAGCCUUCCCUCCGAACUUCCAGCCUCCUGCGAACAUGCCGAAUAUCAAUUUCUCCGCCCCUGUGAUUCGCCUUGGCACGUCUGGGCCUCCGAAGUCAUCCACGCCGGCGGACGCUGGCCGCGAGAGAGGCGCGGACAUGCGACGCGGCGGGGCUUCGGGCUCUUUAGAGUCGCAGCGCCAAAAUAUACGUGAUGCAAUGCUUCAAUUGCAGCCUCCUACAAGGGAUGAGAUUGUUCGAACCAUUUUCGUCGGCGGCAUCACAGAAGGCAUCAGCAGCGACGAUGACAUUGAACGGAUCUUGCGGACGGCAGGAAAUCUGAGGCGCUGGAUUAGGGCUACUGAUGCGGAUGAAAAGCCUUGCAAAUUUGGUUUCGCAGAGUACGAAGACCCUGAUAGUUUAAGUACGGCUGUCGCAGUGCUAAGGGAUGUCGAAGUUCCCGUCAAGAAACAGCAUCCGCCGAAGGAGGAAGAUGGAGAUCAAGCUAAAGAGAUUGAAAGAAGCAAGCUAUUGGUGGUUUUUGACGAAAGUUCCCUAAAAUACAUUGAGCAAUACAAAGCCAAUAACGAUCAAGACCCAACUGCUGCCGAAUCACGUAUUGAGUCCGCCCGGGCAGCAUUGGCCACCGUUUUAUCUGAGCUUGGGCGCCCACCAACCAGUCAAAAGGAAGGCGCACCGGCGACUGACCGGGAUGGCGAUGUCUCGAUGACUGAUGCUGAAAAUCGAAAUGCGACCAAUGCCGCAGAAGUCGUUACAAUCCCUAUUACAGUUGAGGAUGAACUAUCCGAUAUCCCUCCCGACAUGAGAGAAACCGUCGCCAAAGAGAUUGCAGCGUUCCGUGACCGGAGUAAUCGUCGAGAUCUUGAGCGACUGAAGAGGGAGGAAGAAAUUGAAUCUUUAGAGAAAGCAAGGCAUGCUGGCUCUUCUCGUAUCAACCGAUUAGCGUCUCCACCACCCACCGCACCCACCGGCCCUGCUGGUGGGCCAAAUGGGAUUCCACUGGGUCCUCGCGAUAGAGGAGUUCCAAACGCACCGUCUGGCCCUAAGGGCUUUGGUCAACAAAUCCCCAAAGAUUAUCAACAGGGAGUGUCGUUUGUUAAUGGGCUUGGCGUUAACGAGGUGGAGGAAGACACUGAUGCAAGUGAUUCCGAGCUGGAAAGAAGGCGGCAGGCGAAGAAAGCAGCUGAAGAUGAGAAGCAAUUCUUAGACCAAGAGAGGCGUUGGCUUAAUCGCGAGCGUACUAGGGCUGCUGCUGUAGAACGAGAGCGUAAUCGGGAUAAAGAAGAGGAACAGCGCUUAGAGGACGAAAAGGAAGCCAUGGCGAAACGCCUGAGAGAAUGGAACGAUGACGUUGAAGCAAGCCGGAAAGUAGAAGAAUACUAUGCCGAUCGUGGAUUGUGGAUUCGAAACCGGGCGGCAUUCCGGAACCGCGAGAUAGCAUUGGAUGAAGCGGAUCGGGCCAGUGAAGAACGAGAGAAGGCUCGAGCUAUGCAACAACGAGAGCGAGCGCGUGGCAUGGCGGAUGACUUUCUUGCCCGACAAGCCGAAGAGAUGGAGUCCCGAGCACAAGCACCGAAAGAGCCACAGCGCUUCAAGCUUUCCCUUGGAGCCGCAGCACAAAAGGCACAGGCCUCUACGAAACGCAGAACCGUUGCGGAAGUCGAGGGUCUCUUGGAAGAUGAGGAAGAAACGGGCACCACAGCGAAACGUCCUCUUACUUCGAUCAAGUUUGACACCGCCGCCGAAGUUGCUGGACUUAGCGACGAGGAGCGCGCCCAAGCAGCUAGGCAACUCGCCGCCGAGAUACCGUCAGACAAAGAAGGACUCUGGAAAUGGGAUGUCAAGUGGGAGUUUGUGGAUGAAUCUGUGCUGGGAGAGCAGCUCAAGCCGUUCGUCGAGAAGAAAAUCAUGGAGUAUCUUGGGGUCCAGGAGCAGAUGUUGGUUGACGUGGUUGAGGAACAUGUGCGGAAGAGAGGCUCCCCGGGGGAAUUGGUGGAACAACUUGAAGGGGCACUCGAUGAAGAGGCUGAAGUUCUUGUCAAGAAACUUUGGCGAAUGAUCAUCUUUUUCUCAGAAAGCGAGAAGAGAGGUCUUUCGGGCUAA